UGGGGAUUGGAUCGAUGGCGGGUGGGCGGAGGGCUCCUCCCGCGGCUUCUUCCGGGCUUGCGAGCGAACGAGCGGCUUCUCAGCUCGCCAGCAGCCCGGAGUCGGAGAGCAGGAGGCGGGGCGCACGGAGUGGAUUCCCUCGCCUUUGCGCGCUCGCCUCUUUCGCGUUGCCCAGUUCGGCCACUUGCCUCAGCUGAGCAAGGAAGCCCCAGCCGGCCCGCUCCGCUCCCAGGAUGGUCAUCAAAGUCUACAUCGCUUCUUCCUCCGGCUCGACGAAGAUUAAAAAGCAGCAGCAAGACGUGCUGGGCUUCUUGGAAGCCAACAAGAUUGAAUACGAGGAGAAGGAUAUUGCAGCCAAUGAAGAGAACCGCAAGUGGAUGAGGGAAAAUGUCCCUGAAGAGAGCCGGCCGACCAGCGGGAAUCCAUUACCCCCUCGACUCUUUAACGACUGCCGAUACCUCGGGGAUUACGAAGCCUUCUUUGAAGCUCGAGAAAACAAUGCCGUCUACGCUUUCUUAGGCCUGACUGCCCCCCCUGGCUCAAAGGAGGCGGAAGCCCUUGCAAAGCAAGAAGCAUGAUUUCCCCGCUCCCUGCCCCCCUCCCUGCAUAGAGCCUUAAAUAUUCUGCAAAGGGAAACUUCCACAGCUUUUUCUACAAUGGCAAAAUUGUCAGUGCUUCAAAAAAACAGGAAAGGUUUCCUUGGUUUUUCCUCAAAUAGCGAUUGCUGUGCACAGCAUCAAAUACAGCGCCAGGACAAAAAUUGCAAGACAAAAAUCACACGAGCUGAAGACGGUGGGACCAAUAGUAAAUCUUUUGAUUUUUUUUUUCUAGCCCGUAUAACAUAUUUUGGCAAUUGCAUUGUUUUUUGUAAACUCUUUGAAAUACCACAUUUUGCUAUUAAUAAUGCCAAUUUGUAACCAGAGAUCCAGCUGUUUAAAGGGAGAGGGGAGGGAAUUUCUGCGAAGAAGCCCCAGUGCCUGAAUUGCCUCAGAGAUGAUUGGGGGUGGGGUGGGAAAUAAUGUUUAUGUCUUUUAAAAUUUUGACUUUUUCUGCGUAAGAAAACCCUUGUGUAACAUAGUAAUGAUCAUAACUGCUCACUGAAAUUAGGGUGUUUCUGGGGGCUUUUUCCUGUAUUGCAAUUUUGUGGUUCACAGCAUAGGUUUCCAAAAAACGAAAAGAAAAGAAAUGUUAUGAGAUUUUCUCUGAAUUGAACCAUGUGGGGGAAUGUCACAGACAACAGGUCCCUGCUUUAAUUGACUGUCUUUGCAGGACCCAAACGCACCAAUCUGCAUAAGGUUUUACUGCUGAAUUGAUGAAAUUGGCAUCAGUGACGAGAUGGUGGUAUAACCAGUGCUUUUUUUGUAGCAGGAACUCCUUUGCAUAUUAGGCCGCACACCCCUGAUGUGACCAAUCUUCCUGCAGUUUACAGUAGACCCUGUACUAAGAGCUCUGUAAGCUCUUGGAGGAUUGGCUGCAUUAGGGGUGUGUGGCCUAAUAUGCAAAGGAGUUCCUGCUACAGAAAAAGCCCUGGGUAUAACUCCCCCCCCCCCCAAAUCCCCCCCCCCAGCGGUAGUCGUUAUUUCUGCAAGUCGUAAAACUUUCCAUGUAACAAUAUGCACACGUUCCAUUCCAUCGUACAAAGUCUUGUCUUUGCAAAGCAGGAUGAAAUCAGAGGUUGAGUCAUUCCAAAGAACGAAACUUGUACAAUUUGGCUGCUGUAUGGGAACAGAGAGAUUGAGAACAGGGGCCAUGGUCUGAGAAUCGUCGAGACAGAUCCACGACACUGCGCUCAGCGCUUGAUUAUCUUGUAAAAUAUCGUAUUGUUUCAGUACGUUAAGGCUUCUAAUUAAAAAGCGAUAUCAAAGGCUGCAGUCCUCUUGAAAUAGUGUCUUAAUGUCAUGUCGAUUGGGGGUGGCAGCAAGAAUGGGGCCGAACCCAAGGGGUGAUGCCCUUCCAAACUAUUUGUUUGCCUGCUGGCAAAAACCCUCACAACUGACUUUCUGCAUAUGGGCUAGAAAGGGUCUCUAAUAUCUAUUAUAGAGUGUAUUUGAUAUUUGCUACCAGUUUAUUAAAUUUUCCUUUCUUUUUUUUUUAAAAAAGUGUAUUUUGACUCAGAUUAAUUCCAGUUCAUGGGACUCUGACCAGAAUUUUUGAAAAAGCACUUUUGGGAGCUGGGCUUUCUUUCAGAAACUUAUGUGAUCUGUGGUCUUCUUAGCAGUGCUUUUUCUUAACUGAUAAGUUUGAGCAAGUCAUUACCUAUACUUUAAAAAGAGGAAAAGCUAGAGGAGUAACUUUUCCAGUUGAUCUGUGCUUUCUGCCAGAGAUUUUGUAUAAUCAUUUUCACUUUAAAAAAAAAAAAAAAACCCAGUAGUUGACUACCCUAGUUUACAAGUGCUUUAAUCGACCAGAACUGGAAACAGAAUGAUCUCUGGGCCAGUUUGUGCUACACAGUUUCUGUAUAUAUGGAUCUUGAAAUCUAUGAAGACAUGCUUAAGCGCACUCCGUUUGGAUCCGAUCACGUACUCCCUUGUCUUCUAUUGGCUACAUAAAAUUCUUGUCCAUUUCCUGUUUGCAACACCUUUCUGCAACAUCUAAAUUGGGCUACUGUGGCUACUGCUUGCCUCUCAACCAAAGCCUGGCAAACCAGAUCAAAAUAGAGGGUGGGGGAAGGGCCAUGCUAAAUUUUGAAUGAAAACCCCUCUUUGUGUUUUUUGUAUCUGCUGUGUAAGAUUAAAAUCUUAAAUUAAGUGCACUGUCUAGACGUUCCUCCUGAGAUAAUAUGGCUUCCCCCAAAAUAAUAAGUCAGAGGCAGGGGAACAAGUCAGAAGCCCAAAAAUGCUCCCAGUUGACAGCCGUUCUGACACAGGCAGCUAACCGCCCCAAAGGAAGAAACUCAGAAAGGGAGUGAUUUGGUAAUUUCCAGGACAGCAACAUGGAAGGAAUUUGCUAAUUUCUCUCCUCGCUGUCCCGCUUUAUAACAAAAAAAUAAGGUAAGACUGCCAUAUGCUAACUUUUGUUGUACUGUUAGAAUAAAGCAGCUUAAAUAUUGUUGGCCAA